AUGAAGGAUGGAAGCAUAAUCCUGCAUUCUCAUACAAGAACACUCAAGCACAACUCAAUCCACCUCCUCCACCUCGCAACAACUUUUAAUGCACCACCAGGUUUUCAAGCUAGAGCACCAUUCAAUCAUCAUGUCAAUCAAGGUGUUAAUCAGCAACCUCCUCCAAUUCAACAGAAGAGCAACUUGGAGAUUAUGAUGGAGAACCUUUUAGCCCAACAAACUAACUUUAUGGCUCAACAAGGUAAGCAAAAUGAGAAGACUGAUAACGCAAUUCAACAGAUUCAAGCUCAGAAUAAGCUCUUGGAAAGUCAAAUAAGCCAACUUGCACAUCAGGUGGGCCAAUUAUCAAAAGCUCCAGGUCAUUUUCCCGGUAAUAGUGAACAACCACCUAAGGCUCAUAUCAAUGCUGUGAUUUUGAGGAACGGAAAAGAGCUACAAGAUCAUCCUUUGAAGAAGCCAUCAAAAAGAACUAUGGAAGAGAUGGUUCAAACUGAGAAAGUGGUAGAGAAUGAGAUUGUGGAAGAAGAGAAGAAGGAACCUACUCCUACCCCUAUUCGUCCUUACACGCCACCAGUUCCAUUCCCACAAAGGUUGGCCCGUGCAAAAUUAGAGAAGAAAUAUGGGAAGUUCCUUGAUAUACUGAAAAAGUUGCACAUAAACAUACCAUUUUUGGAGGCUAUCUCUGAGAUGCCAUCUUAUGCAAAAUUUCUGAAAGACAUGCUCUCAAACAAGCGGAAGAUCGAGGAAAAUGCAACUGUUUCACUUACAGUAGAAUGUAGUGCUAUUUUGCAGGAUAAGCUUCCCAAGAAGCUAGGGGAUCCGGGUAGCUACUCUAUCCCUGUGAAGCUUGGCAAUAUUGAAAUAAAAAAGGCGCUUUGUGAUCUUGGAGCAAGUGUUAGUCUAAUGCCCUUGUCAAUUUGCAAGAAGCUUCAAUUGGGUGAACCAAAACCCACACGCAUCUCCUUACAGUUAGCAGAUAGAACUGUAAAGUAUCCACUUGGUAUCCUUGAAGAUGUUCCUCUCCGUGUUGGGAAGUUUUUUCAUUCCAUGUGA